AUGUCAACCAGACAUGCACCCCAGGCUUGUGUCCCAUGCAGGACCUUGAAGAGAAAGUGUACCAAAGAGUUACCCUCUUGUUCACUAUGCCGCCAGCUGCGGAAAGAAUGCGGAUAUCCGACUUCCUUGCGGAUCCGAUCUGCACGUCCCGAAGAGGUCACUAUACUAUCUGAUCGAGUGAAGCUCCUGGAGCAGCGACUUAGCGGUGAAGUGACUCCAAGUGUCGCUUCAAACCACCCAGCACAAACACAGGUCGAGGGAACUUCAAUUUCUCUUCAAGUGACGAGCGGCCAUCGCCUGAACUUCCCCACAGCGUUCUUUCUAGACUUAGAUUAUUACCGGCCAAUGCCUUCGGAGCAGCUUAAUCCGAACAUGUUUGUUCCGCCCGAUGUCUUGCAUUUCCUGGAGUCCAAGAACACGAUGCAAGCUCUCUUCGAAAGGUAUCUAACAGGAACGCAGAAAUGGCUCCCUAUACUCUGGAAACGGCGCACAACGGAAAAAAUCAAUAGCUUCAGUGAAAGCAUGGAAUCAGGAUUGGUGCUUCUGCUCUUGUGUAUGAAGAUGGUUACCGAGCCUCCAAGGGACCAAGACCACGCAGCGUCAACACCCUUGUAUCGAACUGCCAAGGGACUGUGUUUUAGACUGGAGAACUCUUGUGCAAUAUCUCUCUACCUUCUCCAGGCUAUAGUAUUCAUCGCUGUUUACGAGCUAGGUCAUGGGAUAUUCCCUGCUGCGCAAUUGACGAUUGCACAUGCAGCCAGGUUGGGCAUUAUCAUGGGACUUCAUGAUAGAAAACAUGCUCCUCAGCUAUUCAAAGAUCCUGAUACAUAUAAUAUGAGAGAAGAGGAAAGGCGAACUUGGUGGGCUAUCAUUAUCCUGGAGCGAUACAUGAGUUUGGGGACAUAUGGACAGCCUCUCGCAACACCUGAGCCACACCAGGGUGCACUUCUCCCAUCUUCUGAAGAUGCUUGGGAUACUCAAGGCGGAUGCCUCGGUUCAAAUUUCCCUCUAUUCGCAUCAUCAUUUACCCCCACGACUGAUAUUGGAUCAUACGCCAGUACAUGUCAAGCAGCCCAUAUCUUAGGCCUCGUUCUUCGACAUCGUGACGAGCUAAAAUCGGUCGUGUCUGAUACCCACUACCGAAUCACAGAAGCUCAACGCCUACAUCAGACUCUUGUCUUGCUAAAUCAGCACCUUGCUGGUCAAGUAUCAAAAGACACUAAAAAUUCCAGCAGUUUUUACACAGCUAUGGGACUCUGCUACGCAGCUAGAGUCACGCUUUAUAACCUGUAUGCGUGCAAUGAGCAUUAUUCUGCAACGGAAGCGAGAAUAGCAGAGGAGACUGAGAUGCAGCGAGCUUCCAUUGAAGGUCUGAAGGAAGUCACACAGUGCGUGUAUCGACUAGCACAGGCCAUCCUUGAUGCUGCUGUAAUGGAUGAUCAGUUGAUCUCUAGGAGUUUGCUUCUUACCCACUCACUGUAUUUUGCAGCAUCGGAGCUGGGAUGGUUCAUCAAAGAGAUGAAUUAUCUUGAAGAUGUACAGUUCUUGAAAGGAGUGGUAGAACUUCUAAAGCUGAUAUCAAAGACUUGGAGGGUGGCUGAACAUUAUCUAAAAGUUCUCGAGGAGGAUGGAUCCUUGGCAUCACUUGCUACCUGA